GUGUUUAAAGAUCCUACAAUGGAGAGAGGGAUGAAUUCACGGGCGUCAUCUGGACUUUCGUUUGAGGUUUUUCUAAGUUUUCGAGGACCCGACACCCGUCAUGGAUUCACCGAUUGUCUUUAUCACGGUAUGGUUGCAGCCGGGAUUCUCGCCUUUAGGGACGAUGAAUCCCUCCGUGUCGGUGAAAGAAUUGGUGGUGAACUUCUACAAGCAAUUGAGAAGUCCAAGAUCUACAUUCCCAUAUUCUCCACAAAUUAUGCUUCAAGCCACUGGUGCCUCCGAGAGCUCGCACACAUGGUCGAGUGCGCCUCAAAAUCGAAUGGGAGCAAAGAGAUUCUGCCAAUUUUUUUCGACGUGGAGCCUAUUGAUGUCAAGCUCAAAACAGACUUAUACAGACAGAAUCUUUCACAGAUCCGGAAGAAGUUUCGCACUGAAGUAAAGUCAUGGGAAAAGGCUCUGAUUGAUGUGAGCAAGAGGAAGGGAUGGAACUUGAAGAAAGAUGAAGGCCAAGGAAAUCUGAUCCAAUCAGUAAUUGAAGCUGUCUUGGCUAAGCUGAAUGUCAGGUAUAAAAAUGUGACUGAACAUCUAGUUGGAGUUGAUGAUCGUGUAGAAGCAAUAAUCAAGAUGUUGGAUCCGGAAUCAGAUAGUGUGCAUUUCCUCGCAAUCCAUGGAAUGGGCGGUGUUGGCAAAACAACACUGGCCAAAGUCAUCUUCAACCGACUAUCUUCUCAGUUCCAAGGCUCCAAUUUCCUUUCGGAUGUUCGAGAGUCAUCAGAACGACAUGGCCUGGUAUAUUUGCAAAAACAAUUGUUAUCCAAGUUCCUUGAUUCUCGUUCUGUCAAUCAAAUUCAUGACACAGAUGGUGGGAUCAACAUGAUUAAGAGGGUACUUUGUGGUAAAAAAGUUCUCAUUGUUCUCGACGACAUGGAUGAAGAAAAGCAACUGAAAAGUCUAGCGGCAAACGGAAAUUGGUUCGGUUCCGGUAGUAGGAUUAUCGUUACUACUAGAGAUAAAAGUGUCCUAAAGAUUGAUGUAGAAUCAACAGGUGAAGGGCCUGUAAAGUCCGUAAAUAUUUCAACUUACGAAGUGCAAGAAAUGGAAUUUCAUCAUGCACUUAAGCUUUUUAGUAGGCAUGCCUUCAGGAGUGACUCUCCACCCGAUGAUUAUGUCUCCCUUUCAGAAAAAGUUGUCUCCACUUUGGGAAAGCUUCCUUUAGCUCUUGAAGUGACAGGUUCAUCCCUUUCAAGUAAAUCCAAAGAAUUUUGGGUGGACACUUUGAAGAAGCUAGAAAAAGCUCCUUCCAAAGAAGUGCAAAAAACAUUGAUGAUAACUUAUGAGAGGUUAGAUGAUGCACAAAGGCAAGUAUUUCUAGAUAUAGCUUGUUUUUUUGUUAACGAGGACAAAACCUACCCAUUCUACAUGUGGGAUGAUUGUGAAUGCUUCCCAAACAAUACCAUUGAAGUCCUCUGUCUCAUGUCCUUGAUAAAAAUCAAAGAUGGCAAUACUUUUUGGAUGCAUGACCAAGUACGGGACCUCGGAAGGGCAAUUGUCCGCGAAGAAAAUUUCAAAGAUCCUUGUGAGCGUAGCGGGGUGUGGAAUCAUCGGGAAGCCCCGAGCAUUCUAAAGCAGAAAGAGGGAAGUAGGAAAAUAGAAGCACCGUCGCUUGGAUCUCGUGGGGACAUUCUUACGCACGAUGAAGUUGCUAAUUUACGAAACCCGAGGUUCUUGGAAGCGAAUGGGGUGUUCCUUGUCGGAGACUUCAAUAAUCUUAUCUCGAAUUUAAGAUGGUUUUCUUGGCGAUGGUGCCCUCACGAGUUUAUGGCAACAAACUUUCAUCCGACUAAUUUAGUUGUUCUUGACCUUUCACACAGCUAUGUUUCAGAGAAAUGGAUUGGUUGGAACCAAAUCAGAGUGGCAACUAAACUAAAAGUACUAGAUCUCAGCAAUUGCGAAUACUUAAGGAGAAUACCUGAUUUAUCUACGUUGGUUUCCUUGGAGAGAUUGAUUCUUGAAGACUGUCGCAACUUAAUUGAAAUUGACCCAUCCGUUGGUAAAUUAAAGCUCCUAACUACUUUGAACUUGAAGGGAUGUGAUUCUCUUCAAGAGUUGCCUGAAGAAAUAGGAUGCCUACAAACUUUGACUGAGAUUGUCUUGCCUAAUAUGCUACAUGAACUUCCGAGGACGUUCGGUAAUUUGCAGUCAUUGUUGACCUUGGAUGUAUCAUAUCGACCGAUCAACAAACUACCUUACUCAAUUGGAGGGCUAGUGAAACUUAGGCGGUUGAAUUUAUCCGGGUGUACGAAGAUAGGGGAACUCCCAGAAUCGUUCGGGGAGUUACAAUCCUUAGUCGAGUUGGAUUUGUCAUUGACAAGUUUGGGUCACUUACCUAAUUCAAUCGGCAAUCUAAAGCAACUGAAAAUACUAAGGAUGACCUGCAUAAGUCGGAUAACCAAAUUACCAAGUGCGAUUGGGCUGAUGGAGAAGCUUGAAGAGUUAGAUGCUAGUAGAUGUUACAACUUGACUGGCGAUAUUUGGGAGAUUGUCUUGUUUGAGGAUCCUAGACUUAUCAUACACAUUUAUAUCUAG